AUGUUAACGUCAUUCUCAUGGGUUCCAAAAGGGGGAAUGAAGCCUGUCCCGAUUCAUUCCACAGAUACUGUGGAUGCAGUUCGAACAAAACUGCGUCGUCAGAACCCUGAAUACAUAGCGGACGAAGAAGCAUUACAAAAUGAAGUAGAAAAAAGAGAAGGAGAUGAAAUCAGCAGCGAUGAUGAGGUUAGUGGUAGUGGCGGCAACAAUAUGCUGUUUGGAGGAGGUGCUGAUACUAUUCUUGAACAGGUGGAAUCAGAGGAUGAGGAUGAAAUAAAUGAUACUAACUUCAAGGAAACAGAUCUCGUAUUUGUAACGGCAUCAGCAGACUCACCACAACCUCGUUUGGAGCUUUAUGUUUAUGAUGAACCAGAAGAUGCCAUGUAUGUUCAUCAUGAUAUGGAAAUUGCUGCAUUCCCUCUCAGUACGGCGUGGCUCACAGAUGGGACCAUGUCACUUUGCGCUGUUGGAACUAUGAGACCUUUUGUGGAAGUAUGGAAUCUUGAUGUGAUUGAUGCAGUAGAACCAGCGUGUUUAUUGGGAGGAUGUGUGAAGUGGGAAGACAAUUACCGUAAGAGUGUGAAGAGCCGUAUGUUAAAGGAAGAUUCACACAAGGAUGCGGUACUCUCUGUGCGAUGGAAUACCUGCGCCCAACACAUUCUGGUCUCUGGCAGUGCUGAUUGCAGUAUUAAACUCUGGGAUCUCAACAACUCCACUUGUAUUGGCACCUACACGGAGCCUGAAAAGGUACAGAGUCUUGACUGGCAUCGUGAAGAAGCCAAUCUUCUUCUCUCCGGUGGCUUUGAUGCCAUGAUGGUUUUACGGGAUUGUCGUAGUCCUAAUGAGGCCGCAUUGCGAUUCCCAACAGGUGCAGUUGUCGAACACGUGGAGUUCGCCCCACACGGUGGCCGUACUUUAUACACAUCCACAAAUAAUGGCGGAUUUAUGGCGUUUGAGGCCCGUAUGAAUGCCCAACCACUCUGGCAGUUAAACAUACAUGAGGCCGACACCACCUUCUCUGCCUCUCCUCACGUUGCCGGUUUACUCGCCACGGGUGGAAAGGACGGGUCAAUUACAUUAUGGGAUGCAAGGGAUCUCGCACAACCACCAAAGCAAAUUAUCUCACGUUCAUAUAAUACAGGUGCUGUGAUGUCCUUGGCAUUUCACCCCAACUCACCGCAUAUUCUUGGAGCCUGUGGUAGUAAGGGCGAACCACUUGUGUACACCACAACAAAUGAUCUUCGGGAUACAUUCCGUUGA